AUGAAACAGUUUGGAUUCGUUGUCCUAUUAUUGCUAAAUCGUUAUUCGCAAUCAUUGUUAUGCUAUGAUUGCUAUGAUACCGGCCCAUCCAAUGAAAAAUGCGUUAAAUCAAAGAAUUGUACGGGUGAAGCCUGCUUGUUGUAUGAAGGUGAAGAUUUGUUACUAACAACAGCAUUUUGCUUAUUAAAUCUUCCCAAUCAUUACCGGAAGCGAAACAAAAUUAAUGAUGCAAAAUGUUGGAUGGAACGGAAUGGAAAAGGAAAGCAUUGCAUAUGUUCGCAAAAUUUUUGUAAUCAGUUACGUGAUCGACGUAUUCCGUUACAAGGCAAUACACCGCUUAUAAAUGCAUCUAUGACCAGUCAUAAUCCAUUGAUUGAUUACGACUACACUAAUGAAAAUGAAAGUCAUUUCACUUUUGAUCUGAUGCAUUUGGAAAAUCAUGCAAACGUAAUUGGUAAUGAGCCAUCAUCGAAAGAUUUGAUUCCAAUCGAAAUAGAAAAUCCUGAUUAUAAAGAUGUGUUAGAGUCAACAGUACAAAGACCAAUAAAAUCAACAUCAUCGCUAUCAUCAUCAUCAUCAUCAUCACCUAUCAAUAACGAAUAUCAUCAGCUGUUAACUACUAAUUAUACGACGAAACAUGUUCUCAAUCAUAAUUCUCAUUUCUAUGCAGCCAAUGAAGAAAUGAAAAGGAAACAGCCGCCGCAUAUUUCCAUAAUGAAUGCGAUCCAUCCGGAUCAAAUGCUUCAAGAAAUUAAGGAAAAUAUAACAUUACCUAAAAUAGCAUCGAAUAAUUUCAAGAUGAGCUUUAAAUAUUUUAAAAUAAUGCUUUUUUUGAAACUAUUUCAUACUUUUCAUGCUUGA